UCCGUGGUACUCUGCUUGGCCAGUUUAGCGAGCGCAGUUCAGGGGAGCGCAAUGACGCUCUUCACCGACGCAAAGAUCGCGCAGGCUUGGACCACGUCUUACUUGGAGGCACCGAGCACAUGCGUGUGCCGGAAUCGGUGCUUCGUGGACACGCGGUGCCUGGCGGUGUCCAUCACUCAGGCGGCUUCCGUGUCCAAGUGUAACUUCAGCAGCCGCGCCUCGGUGCUCACCAACUUACUCAUCACAGACCCAGCCUACAUCACUUUCAUGAAGAAGAGAGAUGCGUGCAAGCCAGGCUUUGAAGCUGUGGGCAGAUUCUGCUACUUUUUCUCUACCAAUGCAGUCAACUUUGCUACGGCUAGAAGCUCGUGCGAAUUAUUUGGCAGCGUACUCGCCUAUCCAUCCUCUGACGCCCAAAUGGCUGAUCUCGUGGCUUACCUCAACAGCAAUAAGCCUGGCACAACCGACUGGUGGGUCGAUUUGACUCUGAUUGAGGGCCAAUGGUUCUGGAAGGACAAAAAGGUAACCACUGGAGGAGGCUUGAAAAAUAGUACUGAUAACGCCUGCGCCAGACUACAUGGUUCCCCUAACUACGCGCCAGCGGACCAAAAAUGCACGGACAAUUACCGUUUCGUUUGCCAGUACAAGGUGUGAGCUUGAGUUCUCCUCUGUACUUAUUGUACUGGUGAAACCAAUUGCUUGACAUUCCGCUCGUGCAUAUAUUACGAAAGGUAAAAUUAUCCCGCUCUUUGAAUUUCGAUCGCAACAGUCACAUGAAAAUUUUUGAAACGUAAUAGAUUAAGUCACUUACCUGUAAUUGUUUUUCAUAAAUUUCAGGGAAUUUCGAGGAGGAAUGAGCAUCAUACAUGAAUGGUCUUCUAAUUAAAAACCUAAUUUCUUUGAUGAUGAAAUAUUCAAAUGACAGUAUAGGCACAUUCCGCCUACAAACCCGAUGACUUGGUUUUUGAACGAGUUCAAAGUAAAAAUCAGCACCACAUCAGAAAUUCUCUUUUCAAUGUUAGAACUGUGCAAAUAAAAAAUGUAUUAACUACAGUUAAAAAUUCUGUAUAAAUAUUCAAAAAACACAAAUGAACAGAGUUCCUCUCUUUAAGUACGAACGGCCAAAUUGCCAGUAUAGUGUGCGGGCAUUUAAAAUACAAGUACUACAUUGCUCAAAAUUAACUAUUCAGUUUUAGUUCAUGUGUUCAAAUUGCACAAAUUGCCAGUUGGGUAGUAUUUGAAGACAGUUUUUCCGUACCUUUUUUCAAAGUAAACAAAUAACAUUGAAUGCAUUCUUAAAAGUCAUUCAUUCUGUACCAAUGUUUGAACUGAAGAAAUUUACCAGUAAUGCAUUGUUUAUUUGAAUUUUUUUUUCUAUGUUCGAACUGCACAAAUAAGCAAUAGUGCAUGUUUAAACUGCAAAAGUGGUAAGAAU